AUGACAGUGGAUAAGUUUGAGACGAUCGGAAAGAAACAGAAGAAGAAGCCGGCGAACGGGGCGCAGAGCGGGGCGGGGGGUAAGGUUGGGAAUCAACAUAAUAACAGAGACGGCGGCGAACGACGAGGCGGAAAGUUCGGCGGGGAACGGACGAACGGACGCGCGUACGACGGUCAAGGGCGCGAUGGUAAGCCGGGGAGAAAUGGGAAGUUUGAGAAUGGUGGGAAGUUCCCGACGCCGCGCGCGGGUGAGCGCGGGGAUGAGCGCGGAGGGAAGCCGGCGAGAGCCGCGGCGGCGCCCGCGGCGGCGGCGGCGCCCUCGGCGGCGCCGGCGAAGCUCGAACCGGCGCCGAAUCCCGCGCCGAUUCGGCCUGGUGGGAAAACACUCGCUGAUUUAGUUCGUGGUGAGCCCGCGGUGGCGGCUCCGGCGCCGUCGGCGGCGCCGCAAGCUGGUCGCGGCGGCGCCAAGGGUGGCGCGGUGCCGCGCCCGCAAGGCGGCAAGCCGGCGCCCAAACAAGCUGCGGCGCCGGCGAGCGCGGCCGAGGCGACGAUGAACUGGGCCAAGAAGGUGGCGGGUCCGGGUGCGCCCGCGCCCGCGGCGGCGGCGCCGGUGGCGGCGCAACCUCCCGCGCAGCAGCAACAGCAACAGCAACGACCCGCGGCGGCGCAGCAACAAUCCGCCGAGAGCUUUGGCUUUGGUUUCGACGCCGCCGCGCAGGCUGCUGCGGUGCCGCGACCGCAGCAAGCGCAAGCGAACGAUCGCGCGCAAGCGCAAGAUCUUGGCCUUCAGUUUGGCAACUUCUCCACCUCAGGCGGUGACUUUGGCUUUGGAUUUGAUUCGUCCUCAGCCGUCAACGGCUCGGCGGCGGGCUGGGGCGUGCAGCAGCAACAGCCGCAAGCGAACAAGAAGCAAUCUAGCAGAAAUUCUGGUGUGGCCUCCAAGUUGCCGGACGCCGUCAACGGCAGCACGACGACGAGCGGUGCCGCGGAGCAGCAAGCAGCGUACCCGGCGUACUUUGGCGGUAUGAUGCCCAACGCCUACGGCAACUACAUGAUGCCUCCGGCGGUGCCCAUGGCGGGCGGCUACACUGGCUACGAAGGUUACCAGCAAUCGGCGCAACCCGCUGAUCAAAACAACGCGUAUGCGGAUUACUACAAGCAACAAGCCGCGGCGCAGAGCCAACAAGCGGGCGGCGACAAGACGCAGUCCACUUCGGGCUCGAGCGCGGCGCCGCAACAAGCGUUCGCCAACAUGCCCAACGCGUAUGGCCAUCCCAUGUACUCCUACCCUUACGCCAUGCCGCACCAACCUGCGUACCCGUACGCGGUGCAGCAAGCCUACCCUCCCGCGUACCCCCCGGCGUAUGCCGCGGCGCCGGGCGCCAAGCAAGGCGCUCCGCCGGGAUACAAGACCCAAGACGGAUCCGAUCAAAACGGCGCGCGUCAGAACAACGGUCGCGCGGCUCAAUACACCGAGCAGCAGAUGCAACAACAAGGCUACUACACCCAGCAGUCGCAGUACGCGCAGCAAUACGCGCAGUACGGCGGCCAAGGGUACCGUCAGUCCUAA